AUGCCACUUAUUCCUGGUCUCCGUGCCGAGCUCAAACUCCAUCAGGACGUUCAGUCGUUGGAUGACGAGUGGUCGGGCAUUACCGACCCAGUGGUCCGGCGCAAGCUUCAGAACCGGCUGAAUCAACGAGCUGCAAGACGGCGCAAGGCUGAGCAGAAGGCCGGAGCUGGGGCCUCCGCGUCGACGGCUAGCUCGUCCAGAGCUGCAGGGCUCAAGGAUGUGCCACUGCACCAACGGAUCGAUCUGAAGAGCGUGGUGCAGCUGCGGACGAAGCAAUUCAACAGCAGCGAGUGGCAGGCUGCCGCGGAGACGUUCAACCAAGCCACCCAGUCGCCCUUUGUGUCGAUCCGGAGCAAACACUCGUGUCAGCGGUGGUACGAGGUGCUACUGGAGGAUCGUCUGGUCAGCAUCAAGGACCUGGCGGAGAAGUCGACAACGGAGGACGCAGAUCAGUCCGACCUGUACAAGCUGCCAGCCGACCACCUGAUCUCGCUGGUCUACUAUAACGUCUACCGUGCCUUGAUUGCAAACGUCCACCUCCUCGGACUGGAUCUGAACUUGAUGUACAGCGACGAUUACCCGUCCCCCUUCCUUCCUCUCUCGCCGAGCGCGUCCUCCAAGAUACGCCGGCUCCCUCCCACGCUCGAGCCGACGGAACUGCAAAAGACCGUGGCACAUCAUCCGAUGUGGGAUAUCUUCCCCGACCCGGAGAUCCGGGACAAUAUCCUGCGGUACGGACAAGAGAAUAUCGACGACCUGAAGUUGUGUCUGGACAUGGUCGGCGAUGGUAACUACCCGGGCUCGGGUGAUCUCGACACGCAGCAGACGAACGGAUUGAUCGUCUGGGGCGAACCGUGGGACAUCCAAGGAUGGGAGAUGACCGAGUGCUUUGCGCGCAAGUGGCCAUUCCUCAUCCGCGGAGCAAUCAACGUACAGAACUCGACGAACAGAUGGAGAAUGCAACGUGGGGAAGAACCAUUGGAUUUCGGCAGGAUCCUCGAGAUCGAAUGA